UUGAUUUAUUUUAUUAUUUAUGAAUUGCUUUAUUAUUAUAUUUAAGCCAUGUGAAUAAUUAUUAAUUUGUAUAUUCCAAAUGUAUUUGUGGAAAGCAAAAUGAGCAAUAAUGUGAUUGAUAUACACAUGAUUAACAAUAAAGGAUUUAUUUGGAAUGUUAAUGAUUGGUACAUGUUACGGACAACUCAUCGCAUGUUGGGAAGUUUAAUUGGAACUUUGCCAUCCAUGCCACGCCAAGAAGAUCAAAAUGGUCUUCCUUGCCUUUUAUUACCUGAAGAAGUUCGAUUACUAGUUGAAAAUUGUAUAGGCCGUACUGUUGAGUAUCCAUCAUUUAUUUCUUUAAAUAUUAAAGAUACACCUAAAGUCAAUCCAUUUGAAACAUCACCAAAUGUUGUGAUACAUCUUGAUGAAAUAUGUUCAAACGUAAUUGAAGUACCAUUACCUGCAUUUAUGAAUGACUUAGAAAGGAUUAGGUAUAAAGUUUUUAAGGAUCUKUGGUCAAAAGGAUUUUAUCUAACUUGUGGUUUGAAGUUUGGAGGUGAUUUUUUGGUCUAUGAAGGUGAUCCUUUGGCUUAUCAUGCUAAGUAUAUAGUUAACUGUAGAGAUUUGGACAAGCAAAUAAUGGUUUCACGGAGUAGAGUUAGUUCAAUUACGAAUAAAAAAAUGGUGUUAGCAAAAGAUGAUGGAAACUCUAUAAAGUAUUUAAUUUAUCAUUUAAAUGAUACAUCUCAGAAUAAUGAUAAAAUUAAUUACACUUUUUAAUAU